AUGAAACUUUUCUUGUCGAUAAUUGUUCUUUCGGUGGCAUUUUUGGUGAGCGCUGAGAUUCCGAUCGAAAGGGACACACCACAACUGUGCCUGUACUGUCUCAACCAGAUGGAAGCAUCGUUCGCGUUGAUGAAGAAGAAAAAUGUGGCCGUUUUAAGAGCUCCCCUCGAUGAGCUUCAAAGCGCCGCGAGGAAAAUGUGUGAGGAGAAUAUGAUCGACAAGGCACACGUCUCCACUUGUGUCUUCAUCACCUACAGCAUGGGCAAAUACUUGAUCGGUCGAAACAUCACCGAUCUCACCCCAAUCUCCUCGUGCAAAGAGCUCAAAUACUGCAAGAUCCCGCAA